AUGCCUUCCGACACUCCUCAAGAUGGCAGAUCUAAACCUCAACUAGCUCGCUCCUUCUCUAUCAUACAAGGUCACAAUGAGCAACGCUCGGAGCUCUUGGAUGUUCUUUCUGAUGUUAAAACGAAAGUUCAAGAUCGACUGGGAAUCGUCGACUUCCCUCUGCCGCAGUUUAUUCUAAUUGGCAAACAGUCUGUUGGCAAGUCUCGUCUUAUCGAGGCUCUUGCGGGCGAACAGUUCAAUUUCGUGAGUGGCACUAUGGGAAGUCGCAGACCUACUGUAUUGGAAUUCCGUAAUGUACAACAAAAUAAGAGCUCACGGUGGUAUAUUAUGGAUAAAAAGACUAAUAAGUGGCAAGAACACCCUCUCUACGAAGUGACCCAAAUCAUCGGUGAAGCUCACGAGUCGCUCGGUGCGACAGUCACGGAUGAUCCUGUAUACGUUCGCGUGGAGUCUCCAUUUUGUGUGGAUAUGCAAAUUGUCGAUCUCCCGGGCUUCCGAGACUUCGCCCUGGAUAAGGAGAAGCAGCAGUUGGCUGACCAGAUCGAUAACUUGGUUCAAAGGUUCAUGCAGGACACUCGUAAUGUGAUGAUCUGUGUGGAGGAGGCGGGUGACGCUGCGAAUCUGUCGACCUUGUCACGGUGCAAGCGGUUGGACCCGGGAUUUCAAAGAACUAUUCUUAUAAGGAACAAGUUGGAUAAGUAUUAUCGAGAUUUAACCGCGCAGAAUGUGAAUGACUGGUUAAACGGUUUUGGCGAUCUUCCUGAUAAUCUAAGUAAAUUUUGUAUGACAUUACCGCAUUGGAAAGAUAAGGAGGAAUGCCCUAAGCCGUUUGCGGAGCUGAGGGAAGAUAUGAAUAAACAAGAUGUGGCUCAGCUACGUUUCGUCCGCUCGGAUGCCGGGAGGUUGACGUUGGAAGAUGAGCUCAUUGCAUUCGCUGCUUAUGAGGAGGGAGAAGGUGCAGAUUUCAUGAUGCUCCCGAGUGAGGAUUUUGCAAGUCUGAACGAUUACAUCGACUAUUUGAGGAACGAUAUAAAAGUGCCCGCUUUCGAUGUUGAAAUUAACGGCGGUGCGCAAUUUCGGAGGCUGAUGUACGAAGUUGAAGUUUUUUUGAGAUUCUCGGAAAUCGGCGUGGAAACGAAAAAGAAGGAUGUUAUCCAAGCUCGAGCGGAGAGAAUCAAGUGGUUUUUCAUAUCACAGAAGGAUGCUGUUGUCAAUUUCAUGUUGAGCAUAAAAGGCUCGGCUGACGAACAAAUGUUUUCGUUGUUGUAUACGAAACAUGUGAAGUUGAUGUUGGAAAAUGAGAUGAUAAAACAGCUGGUGUACAAGACCUAUGAUGACGCUUGUGCAAGGCAGCUCGAACAGUUUAUGGAGUUGUUCGAUAAUACUCUGGCGUCAACUUUUUCGAAUCCUUGGGUAUUUUUGAAACGUGGAUCUUCGGGUUUGGAGAAUCUCGAAAAUGAUGAUAGAGCGGAUGAUGACGAUAGUAGUUUGAGAAGCAGCAAACAGAAUGAUAGCGAUUCGACUGACGAUGGGUUUGAUGAUAUGCAGUUGCCAACUUUCGAGGAUACUAAGAAGAGAAUUCCUAUGGAAAUCGAGUCGCGUAGUGGCAUUGAAACAACAUUGUCUCAUUGGUUGGGAAGGAUUCCGAUGGAGCCACAGCAAAUCGAUGAGGCUGUGGAGAAAGUGCAGAUGCUGGUGUUGAAGACCUUCUCGUUCAUAAGAUCGCAAAUAUCUGAUCAAAUUGAGCUGUUUGCUGAGUCCUUCUUCAAAUUGCCGAUGAUGCGCAGACUGGAAGACGAUAUGAGUAACAUACAGAUGACAAAUGUUGACACGGAAACCUACAGAGUUCGACGUGAAUAUCUUGAGGGCGAAUUUAAAACGAUCGAGAAGACCCUUGCGUCGUUGAAUGAGUGUAUUGAUAAACUGCAAGGAUUUGCUUUGAAGGCUCAAGCGAAGAUGAGUAGAGUGGCUGGAAGCAAAUAGAUACACAGGGGUGGCAGCGUUGUGAAAAAUGUAUAGAUGCAACGCUUCGCUCCGCCACUGGAUAGGGUUCUCCUUAACGAGGUUUAUCGGCGACUGA